GAGAAGUACACAUGUCACUGCUGACUUUGGCUGAAAGUCGACGGGGAAAAUGAAAAAUAGUGUUUAUUACAAUCGUAAUUGGAAACAUUUUCGCAAUUUCUUUAAUAAGUAUCAAUGUUCUUGUUCGUAUAGUGCAGGAACAUCUAGUGUUACUUCAGUAAGUCAUCAAAAAGGAAGAUCAUCAUUUGAAACAACUAUAAAUUGUGAUAGUCCUCUAACAGUUUACAAAUCAAUUGUGGACUCAGGACAACUGAGAUAUGACGAAUAUCAGCAAAGUAUAGUGGAGAGACUAGACCAGCUCCAUAAGACUCUGGAAAAUUACUCACCACCAUCAGAAGGCUUGUUUAGUAAGUUAGGUAUAAUUAAAAAGCAGGAACUGAAAGGGCCUAAAGGACUUUAUUUGUAUGGACAUGUUGGUUGUGGAAAAACUAUGUUAAUGGAUAUGUUCCAUCAACAUUGUAAAGUGAAGAAGAAAAGAAGGGUUCAUUUCCAUAAGUUCAUGUUAGACGUACAUAAACGCAUCCAUGCAAUAAAGCAAACCAUACCUCGUCAAUAUAAUGUAAAGAAAACCCAGUCAUUUGAUCCAAUAACUCCAGUUGCCAAGGAAAUUAGUGAAGAAGCUUGGUUGUUGUGUUUUGAUGAAUUUCAGGUUACUGACAUAGCAGACUCAAUUAUAAUGAAAACUUUAUUUACAUCUUUAUUUAAUCAUGGUGUUGUUGUGGUGGCCACGUCUAACAGACCUCCAGAUGAUUUAUAUAAAAAUGGCUUACAGAGAGGAAAUUUUGUUCCUUUUAUUGACACAUUGAAAAAAAGAUGUGAUAUUUUAUGUUUGAAUUCUGGUGUAGAUUACAGACUGGAAACACUACCCUCAUCAGGAAAAGUUUAUUUUUUAACAAGUGAUGUUGAGAUACAGACAGAAGUGGAUAUUAUAUUUCAUGAAAUAGCUGCUACUGAAAAUGAUGUUGAACGAUCGAAAGUUUUAGAAGUGUUUGGGCGUCAAUUGUUAUUACCAAGAACCUGUGGUGGGUUGUUAGAUACAACAUUUGAUGACAUGUGUGUAAAGGCUUUAGGUGCUGUAGAUUACUUAGAAAUAAGUAAAGAAUUUCAUACUGUCAUCCUCCGUAAUAUACCACAGAUGACACUACGCCAGAAGUCAGCAGCAAGGCGAUUUAUAACAAUGGUUGAUACGUUAUAUGAUAAUCAGGUACGGUUAAUAUGUACUGCUGAGAAAGAGCCUAAAUAUUUAUUCCAGUCCAGUGCUAUAAGUCAGCAAGAUUACGAAUCUAAUAGAAUGCUUAUGGAUGAUCUAGGAAUACAAGAGCAAUCAGACUUGUCACAAGCUAGUAUAUUUACUGGAGAAGAGGAAUUGUUUGCAUUUGAUAGGACAAUAUCACGACUUACAGAAAUGCAAACAGAAGAAUAUUGGGGACACAGAGAUCCAACAAAAAACUCUUGAUGAUGGCUUAAUUUAGGAAAUAUAUUGUGAUAUUAGUACCUCAUUAUGCAAUAGUUGCUGUUAUGUGAUCCAAAGGGUAAUGUUAGUUUUUCUCAUCACUUGGCAUUCAUUGUCCAUCCGUUAACAUUUAAAAAAAAAAUGAAACUCCGAAAUUAUGUGUCCAAUUUGGACCAAACUUCACCUGAAUCUUCUUAGAGAGUUUACUUUGUUUUUUUAAUUUUUUUUUAUUGUAUUUCAAGCUGAUUUAUCAGUGUUAUGAACGUUUAAUUAUACUUUCAUAGUUUUGUUUAGCCGAAAAUAUUGUCCCUGGCAAAAUUGACAGUUUCCUAUUUUGCGUUACGAAAUUCUGCCAACAUGUGGCAUUCGAAUAACAUCUUUUGUUUUCCAGUUUGUUAUUAAUACUACAUUUCUGUAGUAACUGCAUUUUACCUGCUUUAUAUUCCCAAAUCGGCGCAAAGUCGGAUGAAAUUGUCCAUUCCUUCAAUAUAAUCCAAUGUUUACGUAUUCGCUAGUUUUAAUACACACAGUUAACCUUAACCGGUAGUGACCUAUUUUCUUACACGCAAGGAUAAGGCGUGCUAAGUAUUAUAAAAAGGGGAUUUUCCGAAUAGCAAAACGAAUUUGAACUGAUCUUUACAGAAACUUAAUAGGUAAAUACUUCACGCACGAAAAUCACAGAAAACCGUUAAACAUAUUGUACUUUCAUUCUUUGUAGUAAUUUAAAGUUAUAAUAAUAAUUUCUAUUUCUUGAAAUAGUAGUUUAGUUGUUAUUUUAUUUAGAAAACUUGGCUAAGGUAUUUCGAAAAGCUAUUGAAUAGAAUAAAUAUCUAGAGACUAAAGGUAUUGUAAGAAAGAUUGAGAACAAUCUUUACAAUCAGCAUGGCCCCCCUUAAGUAAUAUAAAUAAGAAAUAAGGGUUAAGCAGUUUUUAUUGCUGUCCCUUUUACUUUGCUGACAAUUCAGAAAUUAUUAAGAAAAUUAGGUUCCAACUCCCCCACAUAAGUAUCAAUCUGGUAAACCUGCUUUACCUAAUACAUGUAACACCUGUUGAUUAUUCAAGAAAAAGUGAAGUUUCUUCUAUGUUAUGAAUUAUCCUUGCAAAAAUUAGAUCAUAUUUACAAUAUAUUAGUAUACCAGUUUUUAAUGAUAUUUGAGCUUGGUUCUGUUAAGAUCACUUUUGACCUAACUACAGAUAUGGGAUUUAGAAUUUCAUGCUAAGUAGUUGUUUUUAAGCAGGAUUAGGCUGGGUAUGAGGAACUCCUGCCUAAAUUUCUUCUGAGUGGGAACCCUAAAGGGGUUUACUACAUUUUAAAUGCUCAGGUUGUGCCAAAUAACAUAUUACAUUAUUACAUAUUUGUUUCUUGGCAGCAUUAUUGAGUGAAUGAUGUAGACCAUAUGGAAAUUACUGAAAAUAGCAUGUCAUUUGAAUCCUAUUACCAGUUUGAAUCAGACCAUUCUGUGUCCUUCAUGGUAAAAUUUUAUAAGUGUGAUAAAUCUGGUGAGCAUUUCAGGCUCCUUGGAGCCUCUAGUUUUAUUUAUUUUGAAUGAAAUCUUGUACGAUUUUAAUUGUUAUUAGAAUUUUAAUAAAUAAUUUUUAAGCAGA